AUGAAUUUGAAUGCCCACUCUAACUCCACCAGAACCCAAACAAGCAAGAAUCGCGUUCGACACUGUGUGACACAAAGGGUUCACCUUCGUCCUCACCAUUUCACGAAACAUUUUCAAUCCCUCACUCCCCUGGCCUGUAUCCAGAUACCUUCUGAUUAUCACAUUCCAGACAAGCCCGUGGAUCUUCCUCGACAUCCAGAGCUCCAGGAGGUCCCUGCAGGAGCCGAGGACAGUAGCAAGCGUGACCUCGCUCGGCCGGACCCCCUCUUGGGCCAUCUGGGCAAACAGGCCAAGCGCGGCCCGAGGCAGCUCGUUCCUAGAGUGGGCCCCAAUGAUGGCGUUCCAGGACCCACCGUCUCUGUUGGGCAUUUGCUCGAACAGGUCGCGGGCGUCGAGCAGGGAGCCGCAUUUUCCGUAGCUCUCGAUGACCCGAUUGAGGAGAAACGACGGCGGGUUGGGGUUGAAGGUGAGAAGGUGGCACUCGAGCUUCCGGGUCUCGGUGACGGCGUUCGUCGAGGCGCAGGCGCGGAGGAGGUCGGCGUAGAGGGAGAAAGGGAAGGAGACGGCGGAGGAGAAGAGGACGGAGACUGCUUUCGAGAGGCGGCCGAAGCGGAGGUGGUUGAGGAUCGUGGGGGUGAGUGCGUCGGCGGAGGGCGGCGAGAUUCGGCGGGGCGCGGCGGCGGUGGCGGUGGUGGUGGAGGAGGAGGAUGCGGCGGAGGUGAGGAGGCUCGGUCGGAAGCCUGCUUUGGAGCCCAUAAAAUGCUGGCUUCGUUUCUUACUCUGUUGGGGACUUGUAAACGAGUUUUUGUGUGUAUGAUUGGGCCUGAGAAUCGGUCCAGCCUAAUAUUGGAUUCAGCCCAUUUUUUACUUUUAUUAUACCUUUAA